GAAUUCACAAAAACAAAAUUAAGUAUAAAAGUUUUUGUUUAAAUUAAAAGAGUAAAGAGAUAAUAUAUACAAAAAAAAGUUAACAGCAAAAAAUAUGAAGAAUAAUUAUUUUUUAUAUCUGUUCUCAUGCUUAACAACUCUUCUUACCUAAGUAAUAAGCUAAGAAAUAUACAAAUUUCCAAUCAGCCUUAAUAAAGACGACAUAAGUGAAUUUUAAGAUUUCUCUAAGAAAUAUACAAAUAAUAAUAUGCAAGUUUUUCACUGCGAUGGAUCUUCAUUAUAUUUAAGGGGUGGUUAGAGUUAAAAAGUUUAAAUAGAAUUUAAAUAUGAAAAACCUUACUAUUAAGUAGAUGUCUCCAUGAAAUUCUUUAGAAUUGACUCGUGGGAUAAGAAUGAGGAUUACUUUUAUAUAGAGGUGAAUAAUAUAUUAUUGUUCAAAUAAACUUAUUCUUUCUUUAGAAGAAUUAAUAACAAUUGUGCUAAUUAAUAUUAUGAUGAAGAAUUUUUUACCAUAAGUAAAUCAGUAAAGACUAACUAAUAUCCAAUCAAAGUUACUUUUUACUCUAACCUUGACUCAGAUUUGAGUGACGAAUCUUGGGGAUUUAGAGAAUUUUAAGUAUAAAUUAGUUUAUGUCCUUCAACUUGCUCCUAAUGCACUUCAUUUAACGAGUGUACAUCAUGUAUUCCUGGAUAUUACUUGGAAAGAAAAAUGUGUAAUAAAUGCAGUGAUAGAUGUUAGGAAUGCGCUUAUGGUUCAGAAUAAUGCACUAAAUGCAAAAAAUAGACUUAUCUUUUUUAAGCAAGUUGUAAAGAAGAAUGUCCUCCAGGUUAUUAUAAAAAUUAAAAUGAAUAAAGGUGUGAUUAAUGUAGGUAAUAUUGCAAAAAUUGCUCUGCUAAAGAUACUUGUGAUCUUUGCUAAGAUAAUUAUUUCAGGUCUGAAGUAUUAACUUGUGUCAAAUAAUGCAAUUCAUAGUUUUAUGGAGACCCUGUAACUAAAAAAUGCUAACUUGAAUGCUCAGAUUCAUAUUUCGCUAAUAAAAAGACAAAUUUAUGUGAAAAGUGUGAUCCAAACUGUUUGACUUGCUCAGAAAUUAGUACCAACUGUACAUCUUGCCCUCUUAACACUUAUUUAAUUAAUUAAAAUUCUUCAAAUAAUAAUUUAUUUUUAAAAUGUGUCCCCUAAUGCCCAGAAUAAUAAUUUUAUCUAGAUAAUGAUAAAAAGAAAUGUCUCCCUUGUUAUAAAGGAUGUAAGAUUUGUUCAGGACCGUCCUUUGAUUAAUGUACUGAAUGUAAUAAAGAUUUUUUAUUAGAUAAAAAUAAAUGCAUAAGGUAAGAUUGUGGAGAUUAUUAUUAUGCAAAUCCAGAUAAUAAUGAAUGUGCAAGAUGUUAAUUGAAUUGUAUUAAAUGUAAAGAUUUUAAUUCAUGUGAGAAAUGUGUAACAGAAUAGGAAUAAGGAAAAUGUAAAAGUAUAUGCGAUAAAAAUGAGUUUUAAAAUGGAAAUGAAUGCAUAAAGUGUAACAAACUUUGUGAAGAAUGUUAUGGUUAAAAUGAAGAUUAAUGUUUGAAAUGUUAACCUGAGAAAUAAUUAAAAGAUGGAAAAUGUUUUUGCAAAUAAGGAUAUUACUUAAAUGGUGAUAAAUCAUGUAUUUAAUGUGAUAAAACAUGUAAGAGCUGCUUUAAGGACGAAUAAGGAAAAGUUUAAUGUGAGUAAUGCAUAGCAAAUUUAAUGUAACCAAGUAAAGAUUAAUAAGAUUUGUGCUAAUGUAAAGAAGGGUUUAUUUUAGAAAACCAUGAAUGUAAGUGUAAGGAAGGUUAAUUUUUAUACAAUAAUUCUUGUUUAAAUUGCCACUUUUCAUGCAAAGAGUGUAAAGGUCCUGGAAUAGAUGAAUGCAUUAGUUGCAAAGAUUAAAAUUAGGAAAUAAAUAAAGAUACAAAAAAUUGCACAUGUAAAAAAGGUUAUUAUUUUAAUAAUAAUGAUAAUUCAUGCUAAAAAUGCUAUUAAACAUGCUAAAAUUGCCUUUCUAGUGGAGAAUCAGAUUGCUAUAGCUGUCUUGAUAAUAGUAAUUUGAUUUUGGUAAAUCCAACAGCCAAUACAUCUGCUUGCUAAUGUUAGCCAGGAUUUUAUUUUGAUACAUAUUAACUUAAAUGUCAAAAAUGCUAUGAUUAAUGUAAAUAAUGCAGAGGAGAAACAAAAAGUGACUGUCUAAGUUGUAAUGAUGAUUUUAUGCUGCUUUAAAAAGUUAGUGGAUAAAAUUUUGGAACUUGUGAAUGUUAAGAUUCAUUUUUUUAUGAUGAAAAAGAAAAAAAGUGUAAAAGUUGUCACAUCAGCUGUAACACAUGCUCAGGGAGUUCAGAAUAAGAGUGCUUAACUUGCUCAGAUCCAAACUCAGAACUGUUUAAAUAAUAAUGCAAUUGCAAAUAAGGGUUUUUUUAAGAUAAAUUUAAAUGUGUAAAGUGUCAUAUUGAUUGUUAGAUAUGUGAUGGUCCUGAAAAUACAGAUUGUCUAAGUUGUAGCUCUGAGAAAAAUAAAAUACUAAUACCUUAUUAAAAUAAAGGUAUUUGCGCUUGUAAAGAAGGCUAUUAUCAGUAUAAUGAAUAAGGAUGCAUUAAAUGUUAUUAAAAUUGUAAGAAAUGCAGUGGAUCUGAGUAAAAAGAUUGUUUAGAUUGUAGCGAAGGUCCAGAUUUUAUAAAAGAUAAAAGUGGAAAAUGCGUUUGCAUAGAUGGAUUUUAUGAAUCUGUUGGUUCGAAUAAGAAUAGAAUUUGCUUAAAAUGUAACGAAUUAUGUAGCAAAUGUGAUGGUUAAGGAAAGUGUUUAAGCUGCAAAUCUUAAGUAAUGAAAUUAAAUAGUGAUAAUUCAACUUGUGAAUGUAUUGAUAAUUAUACUCUUUAUAAAAAUAAGUGUAUGUAAUGUCCUAAUUUUUGCAAAAAAUGUGUUUUCUAAAAAGAAUAACCACUUUGUAUAGAAUGUAAUGAUCCUAGAACAAUGGAAAUAUCUCCAGAUAAAUUAAGUUGUGUAUGCAAAUAACAAUUUUAUGAAUAUGUAGAUACAUGUAAAGCUUGCUCUUUAAGUUGUAAGACAUGUAAAGGUGGAGAUGAAUAAGACUGUAUUUAGUGUUCAGAUUAAAAUAUGAUAAAAGAUAGUCAAACAGGUAUUUGCAAAUGUUAAGGUGAUUUAGUUUUUGAUUAAUCUACAAGGAGGUGUGUAUUAAGCCCAGAAUUGAAAUGCAAAGAUUAAAAAUGCCUUAAAUGUAAUCAAAACCAGUGUUUUCAAUGUAUUUCUAACUAUUAACCUAAAGGAGAUAGUUGUAUCUGUAAAGAUGGAUUUUAUGAUGUGGAAGGAAACUAAGGAUGCUAAUAUUGCCAGCAAUAAAACUGUUUAGUUUGUAAAACAAAGGAUUCUUGUGAAAUUUGUGAAGAGGGUUUAAUUAGAUAUAAAGGUAUGUGCUAUUGUCCUGAUUCUAAAUAUAAGGAUGAUAAUGGAAAAUGCAGUCUCUCAUGCGAUAAAAAGUGCAAAUUAUGCUUAAGUUUACUGGAAUGUCAUCUUACAAAAGAAGAAUCUGAUAAAUAUGAUUAUGAAUAUUGUGAUAUUUCUUGUGAUAAAUGCUCUGGGCCACUUUAUUAUAAUUGUUGGAAUUGUUCUAGCUAAACUAGAUAUUAUGAUGAAAAUUUAAGAACAUGUAUUUGUAAAAAAGGAUAUGUGGAAAUUUAUGAAAAGGAUUGUAAGGAAAUAAAUUCAAUUUAUAUUGAAUUAGCUUAAAUUUUUUCUCUUUCUUCUGGUUCACUAACAUUUUUUUUUAUGGUUCUGAGUUUGUUGACAGAUUCUAUUUUUUCUAAAACAUCAGUUUAUGGAUAUUCCUGCCUAUUUGCAUAUUCUUAUGUAUAAUUUUAGCAAUUAGGAAACUUUCUACUUGUAAACAAAGUAUAUCCUUUGGGUCUAGAAUAGAAUUUUUUAUAGAAAUUUUUACAAUUAAACUACUUUAAUUCAAUUCCUAGCUCAUUCACACCUAUUAGUUAGAGCUAAUUAAAUAGGGUUUUACAAUAGAGCUUAGCUAAUGAUAGUAUCUAAGAAUCUUUAAAAAAUAAUUUUAAUUCUAUUUUAUUUAAUAAUCCUAAAUAUAAUAUUUACAAAUUAGAUACUCCUUUUAUAAUUUUAAGUUUCUAUCCUAUGGUGCUCUCUAUAACAGCUUUUAUAGUGAUUUUUAUUCUUUAUUUUCUAUAAGCUAGGUCUAACAUGCUGCAAAAAAUAUAUUUGAAAAUAAAAUGGAACUUAAGUAUAAUUUUUAUUUAUUUAUUCAGCAAUUCUUGCCUUUUAAGUGCUAUUACAAAUCUUAAAUACUUUCACGACUAUUCCUCAGAUAAUCUUGUAAAUAUAAUUGCUACAAGUGUUUUUUGCUUACUUUACUUUGGAGGAUUUAUUUAUUUAUUUUACAAGAUUAAUUUCUAAUCUAUUUCAUAUAAUAAUGAAGAUUUCAUGUCUUAUUUAUGCUUACACUUUUAAAUUUGUUAAGAAAAUAUGUUAGCAAAGAAUUUUUGGUUAUUAAUAGAGCUCAGAAAAAUGGUUUAGAUUAUAUUAUUAGUUUCUGAGUAAAAUUUCCUAGCUAGCUUAAUCAGUAUUGCUUUCUUUUCUCUUUUAAUAUCUCUGAUAUUUAUGAUUAAAAAGCCUUUUAUAAAUAAAUCUUUAAAUGUAUUUUUGAUAGUACAUGAAAUAAUCUUAAUUAUUAUCUAUAUGGGAUUUUCACUAUUUGCUACAUUUUCUAGAAUUGAGCUAUAUUCUGUUUAUGUAAUAAUUAUAGCUGUUUGCAUAUACUAAUUUUUUAAUUUCUUCCAGAUAAUGUUCUAUUUAUUAAAAACUUUUUUACACUGUUUUCAUUUAAGAAGUAAAUAUGUUGAAAAUUUGUAAGCUUAAUAAGGUCUAAUAAAAACAUUCAAAGAAGCUUCGAAAGAACUGUCAGUAAAAAAUUCGUUAGAGUUGCAUAAUAUACACAAAGAUAAUUCUUAAAGUGAAUUAAAUAUAAAUUUAUCUUUAGAUUAAAUAACCUAAAAGCAAAUCAAAUGGAAUAAUAAUCCUCUAUUAUCUCCUUCUAAAGUGAGUAAUAACCGUAAAAAUACAAAAACUGUUAACUUAACUAAAAGAAGUACCCAUUAAACUUCAAGCUCAUAAAUUUAAAAUAUUAAUUUUAAAUAAUUUUGAAAAAAAGAUCCUAAAUUUUCAUAAAAAUAAUAAAUAAAUAAAAUUAAAAUAUUAUAAAUUAGAUUAACUUAAAUUUAUAUUAUAUAUAUAAUUAGUAAUUGAUGUAAAUACAAAAAUCUGUAAGUAAAAUACUUUUAAGAUAAGCUUCAA